AUGGCAAUGUCCUUCCCAGGCUGGUGGCUGUCGGACACAUUCGAAGAUCAUUUUCUGGUUCGACUAUUAAAUGUGGACAGAAUGGGACCACUAAAAACCAGACAGGAUCGGUUCGUUGGAUUCAAUAAUAAAACGCUCGGACUGAAAAUCCAAACGGACAAUGGUUGUGGACUUCUGGAUCAUUUGGUAAUCCAAGAUAAGGAGGAUGCCACAUCAGUUCGAAGACCAGAUACUAAAUUAUCCAGAAAGAGGGCGGCAGUACCCAAAAUAGGGCUCGAUAAAACGAAGGAACUCGAAGCAUUUAAAUGGUUUAUGAAGGUCUUGGCUCACAUCAGUUUGGAUAAAAAGUUCAUCUUUAACUGGCAAGAGUUUGAGGAUGCAUUUUUUGAGAAUACUGACAGAGAAGUUACAAACGACUACAUGACAUACCUGUUCGGUGAAAACUCUGAAUUACGAAAGGUGUUCAAUCAGGUAGAUACAGACAAUGACGGCAAGCUUGUAAAGGCAAAAAUCCAACACAGUUUACGAGUGACCAGCGUGACGACUACAUCCACAAUGCAACGCACAUUCCAAUUUGAAGAAGACCUGCCAUCAUUACCGGUGCCGUCAUUACAACAUACGCUCACUAGAUACAUAGAAUCUGUUAAGCCUCAUGUUUCACUGGCUGAGUUGGAAAGAACUACAAACAUUGUCAAAGAAUUUGGUAAUGGUAUUGGAAAAACCCUUCAUGAAACUUUACUGAAAAAAGCCUCAACGGAAAAAAACUGGCUUGAAAACUGGUGGGAGAAUAGUGCUUAUUUGUCAGCGAGAGGCUCGAAACCUUUUGGUGGCGCAAAUGUUGCCUUUGCGAUUCUAGUUAUGAACGUUUGGCCACCUAAGAAAGGUACACAAGUGGAAAGAUGUGCGCUGAUUUUGUGGAAUGUGUUGAAAUACUGGCAAUCCAUCCAUGAGGAGACGCUCCCAUUGGAAACUAGUCGGGAUAAAUCUAUUUUUUCCAUGCAUCAAUACCGAAGUAUGUUUAGUUCCAGCGUAGUUCCCGGCAUAGAGAUGGAUACCAUCACGAGACAUUUUAAAACUGGUAGGAAGAUGGACCAAGACGAGGCUUGCCUCCGAUCGCAAACUAAGGAAGAUCGAGCGUUGCCAAGGUCCCACUCCCUGCUCAAUGUAGUGGGAUCGAAGAUCAAGGCAAGACCUUCACAACCAUUCACCGGUAAGGUGACGAAGGCAUCAGUCGCUACUUUUGAAAGACUUUCUCCCAGUGUUGAGUCAGUUUCUCUGUGUGAUAUGACCGAGGUGCCGCUUUUGUUGGGGGAUCAGAGUUUCUGUUACCAAUGUCUGUAUACAGCAUAUUCCCACUGGGGUGCUGACAUAGAUGCCGAGUACCGAGAGAAAGAAGGAAACUGUCCAGACCAUAUCAUUGUUUUGCGUAAAGGUCACUUUUAUAGAUUCACGGUCACCGACGAUGACGGCAAUAUACUUUCUGCUCCAGAAUUACAAAGACAAUUACAAUAUAUAAAGGAUACAUGUGAAAAUAAACCUACUAUACCAAGUGUGGGAAUUUUGACAGCAUUGGACAGAACACCAUGGGCACAGGCAAGAAUACAUUUGCGUAAGCUUAACCGACAUAAUAUAUCUAUCUUUAAUGAUAUCGAGUCCAGUUUACUAAUUUUAAGCCUUGAAGAAAUUUCAGCAGAUACACGCCAGGCGGCUUGUGAGAAAUCCUUAUUUGGUAAUGGUCAUGGUCGAUGGUUUGAUAAAUGCUAUACACUUAUCAGUUUUGAAAAUGGAACCUUUGGUGUUAACUUUGACCACUCUGUGAUGGAUGGAAUUUGUUUGGUCAAUCAUGUAUCCCAUACAACUGAGCAAAUUAUCUCACAAGAUGGCAUCUGGAAGGGGUCAACAAAUGUGCGGGAAUUGCCAGACCCACAGGAGUUAAUGUUUAUAGUGGAUGAUGACAUAACUAAGACAAUCUCUAAAGCUGAAGAACAAUACAGGAAUGAUGCAGAUAAUGUUGAGCUCACCAUCAAAGUAACACCUUUUGAUCGGGAUGUGUUGAAAACUAAGCAGAUCCAUCCAGAUGCAUUCAUGCAAUUGGCAUUGCAUUAUACUUAUUAUAAGAUGUACAACAGACCUGCUCCUACAUAUGAGACGGCAACAACUCGUAAAUUCUAUCACGGUAGAACAGAAACAGUGAGGACAUGCACUAUAGAAGCAAUUCAGUGGUGCAAGGCUAUGCUGGAUGACAAUAUAAAACCGUCGGAUAGGUUACAAUUGUUCAAGAAGGCGAGUGAUAAGCAAAUGCAGCUGAUGAAUGAAUGUGUAAACAACGAUGGGUGUGAUCGACAUUUAUUAGGAUUACAAUUAAUUGCAUCAGAAAGUAAAAUCCCGCUUCCAGAAUUAUAUAAGGACCCUUCCUAUAUUAAAAGUGGUGGAAAUGGCAAUUUUAUUUUAUCAACAUCUCUGACUGGAUAUCUGCUAACACUGGCAGGUUUGACACCGAUGUGCAAAAAUGGUUAUGGUGUGUUUUACUCUUUACCAAAAAAUGGACUAGCACUAUAUGUGUCAUCCUGGAAGAAAGAUGCUGAAACUGACUGCGUUGUUUACAGGGAGAAUGUAGAGAAAACUGUGAAUGAAAUGUUUACCAUGGUUAUGAAUGCAAAGCUUUAA